AUGACGAUGAUCACCCAAAUGGAACUUAUCGGUGAUAGCAAGGUUGUUGGCAUCGCCGAUGGCGAAGUGGACGCGCUCAGCAUGUGCCGGCAAAUCGCUCGCAACUACGACAAAGAUAAUAUCGAUGAGGCCUUCAUGCUGGUCGACUUGGAUGUAGUAUUCGACCGAUUCCUUUUGUGGAAGCGCGAAUUGCCUAUGAUUGAGCCUUUCUAUGCAGUCAAGUGCAACACAGACCGAGUUCUCGUCCGCACUUUGGCUGCUUUGGGAACGGGAUUUGACUGUGCGAGCAGAGAGGAGAUAGACAUUGUGAUGGACCUGGGUGUGAGCGCCGAGCGAAUCGUCUAUGCUAAUCCAUGUAAAACUCGGUCAUUCAUAACCCAUGCAAAGGAAAGAAACGUCAGUAUGAUGACAUUUGACAGUGCAGAAGAGUUGGUGAAAGUAGCUCAACUGCAUCCGCAAGCCAAAAUGAUUCUACGUAUCGCUGUUUCUGAUCCGACCGCUCGGUGCCCUUUGAACUUGAAAUUCGGAGCCGAUCCAGUAAAAAUGGCCCCUCAGCUGCUUAUACACGCUCAGGAGCUCGGUGUUGAUGUGAUAGGAAUAAGUUUCCACGUUGGAUCGGGCUGUAAUGAUCCCACAGCUUAUCGUGAGGCCUUAGCUCAUGCACGCCAUUUGAUCGAGCUUGGUCGAGGUUUGGGACUCGAUAUGACUCUGGUCGAUUUGGGUGGAGGUUAUCCGGGAACACCUCAACAAACGUCAUUUGAGGAUGUGAGUCACACUCAUUUAGAGAACUUUUUUUUACAGAAGAAAAAAAAAAUGAAAUUCACGCUAUUCAAGAUUGCCGCGGUUAUCCGUUCAGCUGUGGACGAAUAUCUUCCAUCGGAUUUCGGUGUUCGUCUGAUUGCAGAGCCUGGGAGGUUUUUCGCUGCGGCUCCUUUUACCCUCGUUUGCAACAUCAUACACGCCACUGAAGUGUCCGCAGAAAAAAUAACUAAACGUCCUGAGGACGUUGAAAAACGCGGAUACAUGUACUACGUGAAUGACGGCGUGUACGGCUCUUUCAACUGCAUACUAUUCGAUCACGUUCAACCUGUUGGAACACCCCUCUUUGACGAAAUAGCGCAAGAUUAUCCAAGCACCAUCUGGGGACCCACUUGCGACAGCUUGGAUAAGAUUGAGGACGAAAUAGCGCAAGAUUAUCCAAGCACCAUCUGGGGACCCACUUGCGACAGCUUGGAUAAGAUUGAGGAUCAGAAGCUCAUGCGAAUGAUGUCCGUUGGAGAAUGGAUCGUAUAUCGAAACAUGGGAGCUUACACAUGUUCGGCUUCCACCACUUUCAACGGGUUCCAGCGACCAAACGCAAUCUAUAUGAUCAACAGGAAGAAUUGGGCGAGAAUUUCUACUUCGCCUAACGUCUGA